AUGUCGGCAGAGAAGGCAGCUCGGCGGGUUGGUUACAAUAGCCCUCUCACCCAGACCAUCAUUACCAACAAGUACACGAAGUCGCACAUCGAUUUGCUAGUGGAGGAGGUCUCACCCUACACAACUCCUGUCACGGAUGAGCAAGCUGGUAAGGUCCUAGAUCUUACUAUGGCCUAUACUGGUGACGAAACUCGCGAUGGCGGCCAGACACCAGGCCCGUUCGAGGAGAUGCGUCGUCGGAUGGCUGGGCUCGCGACAAGUACACCAGUCUCACCAUCCGGAGGCAUUCGCAAGAGAAAGAAGAAGGAUAAGGAUAAGAAGCGCCGUUGGGUGUGGACCAUCGGCCAGGAGGAAGACGAUGAGGACAUUGGCGGAGCGCUAGCGGCUAUUCGAGCAGCUGCUCGAGCUAGUGCGUCUAAUACACCUGUAGAAGGUGCUCCUGCCACGAGUGUGGCUGCGCCGCUGCAACCUACCGUUGUAGUGGACUCCCCUAUGGAGAUACUUACUCCAAGCAUUGAAACGGCUGGCCAGGAUGAGGAGGUGGCCGACGAAGUCAUGUCUCAGACGGGUAGUACCGUCUCGGAAUCUGUGGACAGGGCACUCACCCCAGGGGACAUGGACAUUGACAUGAUCACCCCGACGGUUACUCGCAAAAGACUUCUCAGUGCAGAUAUAGCCAACCGGCAGCUCUACAGAUCUGAGCGACAGGACUCUGUGGACCUGUUCAACCCAGACACGGGGAGCAGGAGGGACACGCCUGUGCCGGCGGACAUGAUGGUUGCAUGA